GACGGUGCCGUGAGCUUCCGGCGGCCUCUAGGCUGCUUCCUCGGCCUCCUGGACCCCCCCGGCUCAAGUACGGCACCGGGGGCUAGUAGCCCAUCGGCCGUCGAGCCCAGCAAUCUCUAGCCAUGGACCGGGACCUCCUGCGGCAGUCGCUGAAUUGCCAUGGGUCGUCAUUACUCUCGCUGCUCCGGAGCGAACAGCAGGACAAUCCACACUUCCGGAGCCUCCUAGGGUCGGUGGCCGAGCCCGGCCGGGGCCCGCCACCCCAGCACCAGUUACAGGGCAGGAAAGAGAAGAGAGUUGACAACAUAGAAAUACAAAAAUUUAUUUCUAAAAAAGCGGAUUUGCUCUUUGCGCUUUCCUGGAAAUCAGAUGCAUCUGCAACUUCUGAAAUUAAUGAAGACAACGAAGAUUAUUAUGCAGUCAUGCCACCUUUAGAGCAAUUCAUGGAGAUACCUAGUAUGGAUCGGAGAGAGCUGUUUUUCAGAGAUAUUGAGCGUGGUGAUAUAGUUAUUGGAAGAAUUAGUUCCAUUCGGGAAUUUGGUUUUUUCAUGGUGUUGAUCUGUUUAGGAAGUGGCAUCAUGAGAGAUAUAUCCCACUUAGAAAUCUCCGCUCUUUGUCCAUUAAGAGAUGUGCCUUCUCAUAGUAACCACGGAGACCCUUUAUCAUAUUACCAAACUGGUGACAUCAUUCGAGCUGGAAUCAAGGAUAUUGACAGAUACCAUGAAAAGCUGGCAGUAUCUCUGUAUAGCUCAUCUCUUCCACCACAUCUCUCUGGUAUUAAAUUAGGUGUAAUUAGUGCUGAAGAGCUUCCUUUGUACUACAGGAGGAGUAUUGAACUAAAUAGCAAUUCUUUGGAUUCCUAUGAAAAUAUCAUGCAGAGUUCCUUGGGAUUUGCUAAUCCAGGCGUAGUUGAAUUCCUUCUAGAAAAACUAGGAAUAGAUGAAUCUAAUCCACCAUCUUUAAUGAGAGGCCUACAAAGCAAAAAUUUCUCUGAAGAUGAUUUUGCUUCUGCGUUGAGAAAGAAACAAUCGGCAUCUUGGGCUUUAAAAUGUGUGAAGAUUGGAGUUGAUUAUUUUAAGGUUGGACGCCAUGUGGAUGCUAUGAAUGAAUACAAUAAAGCUCUGGAAAUAGAUAAACAAAAUGUGGAAGCUUUGGUAGCACGUGGAGCCUUGUAUGCGACAAAAGGAAGUCUGAACAAAGCAAUAGAAGAUUUUGAGCUUGCAUUAGAAAACUGUCCAACUCACAGGAAUGCAAGAAAAUACCUCUGCCAGACACUUGUAGAAAGAGGAGGGCAGUUAGAAGAAGAAGAAAAGUUUUUAAAUGCUGAAAGUUACUAUAAGAAAGCUUUGGCUUUGGAUGAGACAUUUAAAGAUGCAGAGGAUGCUUUGCAGAAACUUCAUAAAUAUAUGCAGAAAUCUUUGGAAUUAAGAGAAAAACAAGCUGAAAAGGAAGAAAAGCAGAAAACAAAGAAAAUAGAAACAAGUGCAGAAAAGUUGCGUAAGCUCUUAAAAGAGGAGAAAAGGCUAAAGAAGAAAAGAAGAAAAUCAACUUCUUCCUCUUCAAGUGUUUCGUCUGCUGAUGAAUCACUUUCUUCUUCAUCAUCCUCUUCCUCUUCUGGCCACAAAAGGCAUAAGAAACGUAAGAGGAACCGUUCAGAGUCUUCUCGCAGUUCCAAAAGGCAUUCAUCUAGGGCAUCCUCCAGUCAGAUAGAUCAGAAUAGGAAAGAUGAAUGCUACCCAGUUCCAACUAAUACUUCAGCGUCUUUUCUUAACCAUAAACAAGAAGUGGAAAAACUACUGGAAAAGCAGGAUAGGUUACAGUAUCAAAAGACACAGGUAAAAGAGAAAGAUAGAUGCCCUUUCUCUUCAUCUUCAGUUGAAAUACCGGAUGAUCUUGGAGGUAGGUCUGAAGAGCCAAGAGAUUUUUAUAAUAGCUAUAAAACCCAGCCAUGUAGUAGCAAAACAGAGAAGCCAUAUAAAUCAGAAAGACAUUUUUCCAGUAGAAGAAAUGCCUCAGAUUCUUUCUGUAGGAAUCCAGAGGAUAAGGUAAAAACUUACGGUUACAGGAGAUUUGAAAAGGAUAUAGAGGGAAGAAAAGAGCACUAUAGAAGGUGGGAGCCAGGUACCGUGAGAUAUUCCACUUCACCAGCAAGCUCAGACAACUCUUGGAAGUCAGUUGAAAAAUACAAAAAAUAUACUUACCCUGGAUCACGUGAUUUCAGUAGACAUGAACAAAGGUAUCAAUUAAAUACAAAUCAAGGAGAAUAUGAAACAGAGGACAAUUAUGGGGAGGAUAUCAAAACAGAGAUUCCAGAAAAAGAUGGACUAAAUAGGAAAGAGCACUCAGAAAGCAAAGUUAAAAAAAAUUUACCUCAAAAUUUACUCAAUAUAUUUAACCAGAUAGCUGAAUUUGAGAAAGAAAAAGGAAGUAAGCCAAAAAAUUAAUAUGCCAAGGAAAUCAGCACCAUUACACCAAAUGCUGUUAAUUAAAAUUUGGGGAUGUUUUUGUUCAUAACAGUCCAGUGUAAAAAUCUCUGCUCUUAAAAUUAUUUGUAGAGAUUACAGAAAGCAAAUGUUUUUUAGCUUUUCUCAAAUUUGAUUCGUUUCAGUUGCAGGUUCCUUUGUCACAGCUUGAUUUUUAGGCCUUUCAUGUAUAUAUGUACAGUAUAUUUCUUACUCUGACAAUUUGAGUUUCUUCACCUAAAAAUAAUCCUCUGAAAGUAUUGUUUCUUCCUUGUAUUAUGGUGUACAAGAAUUCCUGGGUUCACCACAUCCUACAGUUUGAGAGAGAAUUAAAUUUGUGCGUUGAACACUUAGAUCAUCUUCAUCAAAAAUUAUUUCAUUCUCCUUUCUGUUAAAUUAAAAGCCUUCAACUUUUGAAAGAUUAUGUUUGAAUGUUUCUUGAUUAUUUGUAUCACUUGUUUAAAUAUUAAAUUUUUUUGCACAGUUUUAUUUGAAAUGGUAGAUUACGUGUCUUAAUUUGCUUCUAAAGUCUGAUUUAAUUAAAUGGUUUGUGAAUGGUCA